GAAACCUAUGACCUAUGAUUUUAGAAUAAAAUCCCACUUAGUUUAUUUUAAAUAGCCAAUCAAAACAGCACUGGUGUGUACUUAUAGAAACUAUUUAAGUAUUUUUUUCUUUUCCUUUUCUUCUUCUAUGAACAAACAAUGUGCAACAAACAUGGGUAAAAAAAGAGUUGGUAGUCGAAAGUUGCCGAAAAAAUUUACGAAUGCAUGGACAGAAAAGGACGUUCAGGAUGCUUUGCACGAAUUUGAUUCAGUUCCUGGAUCAUCAGUUCGUGGUAUUGCAAAGCGCUACAAAAUAAACAAGGCCACGAUACGCUUCCGUUUAAGAAAACGGCGCGAAGGUGUUGAGCUUGGGAAAGCUGGUAGAAAAUGCUUCUUUGAUGUUGAAACGGAAAAAUCUCAGUUGUGUGCAACCUUGGGUUUAGCCCCAUAAUGUCCCACAAUGACUUAGUCGGCCAUUACAUUUCUGUUAAUAAUAUAAACGCAGUUCAGUUUGAAGGUGGGAAGCCAGGAUUUACCUGGUUACGAAGUUUUAUGCGAAGGAACAGACUGUCGCAUAAAAAAGCAGAGAUGAUAAGCACUGCCAGAAAAUCCAAUACAUCUAAUCCGUUUAUCAUAUAUGACUUCUACGAUCAACUUGAGAAGAUAUUUGAGCAAUAUCCAACUUUGAACGCAUCACGCAUUUGGAAUUGUUAUGAGAGUGGCUUUCCCACAGAUCCCUCUAAAGGAAGAGUUGUCUCCGUAAAUGGUCAACGCGCACUGAAACUUCGUUUCGGGGCGGGACGUGAGAACAUCACAGCCCUUGGUUUUUGUAGUGCUGCUGGGGUUGUUUUGGAUCCCUUGAUAAUAUUUAGAGGCAAGAAUAUGCAAUCUAGUUGGUUUGGAGAUAUGGCGCUGCCUAACACAUAUUACGGAAAGUCCGAGAAUGGGUGGAUGGACUCUGAAGUAUUUGCAACCAUUUUGCGGAUACAGUGACUGACAGACCACUUCUACUGCUGUUAUAUGGAUAUCUUACCCAUAUCUCCAUCCAGGUUAUAUCCCGCGCACCGGCUGAAAAUAUUAUUAUACCUAAGUUCCCGCCACACGUAAUGGAUGUUAUGCAGCCAUUGGAUGUUGCUUGCUUUGGACCACUUAAGCGUCUUUGGGAGAAACUUCUCCAAGAACGUGUCAAUACGUUCGGUCCAAAACAUCAAAUGACCAAAUCUGAUUUUGUUAAUCAGUUGUGCAAAAUAUGGAACGAUGGAAUGCACAAAGAAAAUGUAAUCAGUGGCCUCGAAUCAACAGGUAAACUUAAAUAAUAAUGUUGAUUAUGCUCAAGUAAUUUUUACACUUAAUAACUUGAAAUAAAUUUGAUUUGCAGGAAUAUGGCCAAUUGAUAGGUCAGAAUAUCCUAAACAUCGGUUGGAUCAAAGACUUGUGGCAAAGUAUGAGGAGUGGAAGAAAACUGGGAACAAGCUUGAUUGGGAUAAGCUUGCGGAAGAGAACGUUGAUCAAGCAAUUUGUGGAACAAACGAAGCUCUUGACGCUGUCCCAACUCCUGCUACACCAACAACUGAUGUGGAAGCUGUUAUUGUUAUAUCUUCCGCCACACCAAACUUAAAUCAGGUUAACUUUC